AUGGGCGGGGGGCCCGGGUGGAGCCGGGGGGUCCGGAGGGGUCCCGGGGGUCCGGAGGGGUCCCGGUGCUCCGCGGGGUCCUGGCGGUCCCGGGGGUCUCGGUUCAGGACACAAACAUGCACACGCACACACACACACACACGGGUGUCACACACACACACAGGUGUCACACACACACACACAGGUGUCACACACACACACACACGGGUGUCACACACACACACAGGUGUCUCACACACACACACAGGUGUCACACACACACACACAGAGGUGUCACACACACACACAGGUGUCUCACACACACACACAGGUGUCACACACACAGGUGUCUCACACACACACACAGGUGUCACACACACACACAGGUGUCUCACACACACACACAGGUGUCACACACACAGGUGUCACACACACAGGUGUCUCACACACACACACACAUGUGUCUCACACACAGGUGUCACGCACACACACACAGGUGUCACACACACACAGGUGUCUCACACACACACACACACACAGGUGUCUCACACACACACACACACACACACACACGGGUGUCACACACACACAGGUGUCACACACACACACACACACAGGUGUCACACACACACAGGUGUCACACACACACACAGGUGUCUCACACACACAGGUGUCACACACACACACACAUGUGUCUCACACACACACAGGUGUCACACACACACACAGGUGUCACACACACACACACAGGUGUCACACACACACACACACACACACACACGGGUGUCACACACACACACAGGUGUCACACACACAGGUGUCUCACACACACACACAGAGGUGUCACACACACACAGGUGUCUCACACACACACACACAGGUGUCUCACACACACACACACACCCGUGUGCCCCCACACAUGUGAAAUGUCCACCUGUGCAGCCACAGCUCACACGGGCCAGUGUCUGUGAGCACACACAGGUGCACAGCACAGGUGUGCACACACGUGUGCCCUGUUCACAGACACUUGCACAGCUCACACCUGUAUCUUCACACCUGCACACUCACACACCUGUACACUCACACCUGUGUGUUCACACCUGCACAUUCACACACCUGUACAUUCACACCUGUACAAUCACACCUGUGUGUUCACACCUGUCCACUCACACCUGUACAUUGACACCUGUACACUCACACCUGUGUGUUCACAUCUGUACACUCACACCUGUACAUUGACACCUGUACACUCACACCUGUACGUUCACAUACCUGUACACUCACACCUGUGCAUUCACACCUGUGUGUUCACACCUGUACAUUCACAUACCUGUACACUCACACCUGUGUGUUCACACCUGUACACUCACACCUGCACACUCACACACCUGUACACUCACACCUGUACAUUCACACACCUGUACACUCACACCUGUACAUUCACACCUGUACAUUCACACCUGUGCAUUCACACACCUGUACAUUGACACCUGUACACUCACACCUGUACAUUCACACCUGUACACUCGUUACAACCCGCCCCAGAAAAAGGGAGGGGCGUAACCCAGGUUUUUAUCAAUAAUUCCCUUGG